UUAGAUUUGUCAGUGUGCCUCAGGCUUCUCUCUGAUAAGUGUCCCCUCCUGCACGUUCUGGACAUUGGAAAUUUACACUACCGUAUGGCUGACAUGGAGUACUUUAUCCGUUCUAGGAAAUGGCCGCUCCAGCAUAUGUAUGUUAGGUGGACCUCAACUGAAGGAAGGUGCAUCGUUCCUGUGCUCAGGUGGCAUGCCAACAUGUUGGAAUAUCUCUAUCUGUCGUAUUAUGAUAUUGAUGAAAUUGAAGCUAUGGUAGCAUUCCAUGUACUGGGGAAGCUUCACAACCUGCGGGUACUGUGCUUGACUGCUGGGCACAAGCCAGUGCCUCAUCAUCUGAUUGCUCUGCCAUUCAGGAGCGGAAGCCUGUCAAAACUUGAAUAUCUUCAUUUGUCGCAAAUCUCUGAUCUAGGGGAUGAUACAGUGAUAGCCAUCUCAACAGGGUGUCCUCAACUGCGAGAGCUGACAUUGAUUGAAUGUGGUGGGCUCACAGCUGUUGCCUUCAAGUUUAUCUAUUUACUCACAAAUCUGGAAAAGCUCGAAAUUGAUUCUUGUUGGAGCCUUGGUGAAGAAGCAGCUCACUACAUCUCUAUGCUGCCAGCAAUCCAUUAUAUGCAUUUCCAUACUAAUCAGUGUUGUUCAGGAGAUAUAGGAAAAUGCUUUAGAUUUCCUCCCGUUCCAAGAGACUGCGAAGGGCUGACAAUAAAAGCAUGGAGACUGUGUGGAUGAGAUGUGCACUCACAUGCCAGAGCUGCAAGCUGAAGAUAUCUGAGGUUCAUACCUGUACAUGGUGAAUGGAUAUAGUGACACUUUGUAUCCAGUGACAGUGCGUAUGUUGAAACUGUAAAAUUGUAUGUUGGAAGUGUUAAGAAUGCUGAUUAAUUGUGCAAAUGACAGAACUUCAUUAAUUUCAAAUUCAGUGAUACUCGACAACAGAUGUACUAGGAGGAUCAACUCGCAUCUGCCUUAACGUCAAGGAUAGUGUGAGCUCAGGAGCGCCGUGGUCCCGUGG